AUGUGGAACGAGACGUUCGACGAUUUUGUGUGCUCCAUUGGAAUUCAAGUAUCGGAGUUCUACCCAUGUCUCAAGAUCAAGACUUCGUUCGGCCAUUGUGUAUUUGUACUGGUCUACGUGGACGACGUCUUGGUGACUGAAAGCUCGCUCGAGCUAAUUACACGAACCAAGAACGACCUGAAGACACGUUUCGAGAUGACAGACUAUUGA